GCGCUGCUCGCCUCGCACAUCCGGGAGGGCAAGGAUGAGAAGAAGCCUUUUGCUGCCCAGGUCACGCGAUUGCUGAGCGUGCUCGGGCCGGGCCUGAUGGUGUGCCUAGCCGACAGCGACAUCGGCGGCCUCUCCACCAUGGCCAUGGCCGGCUCCGAGACGGGCUAUACGUUGGUUAGCAUGCAGUUCGUGCUGAUACCGGCGCUCUACCUCGUGCAG